AUGUACCUCUCUCACUAUUUCAUCAAUCACAAUACAUUUCAAUACUUUGCAGAUUUUUCACACAAUGAAAUCUUCACCCCGCCACGUCGACUCAAUGACCACCACGUGCAAUGCCCUGUCAGCUCUGCGCCUCACGACGAUGAUUCAACUAGGUCGACGGAGAAGUUGCGAGUUCUGCUACGCAACAUUUCGGUGGAUCCACGCUUGCAGCCUCUUAAUCCCUUCCCAUCACGUGCACUUCGCUUCUUCUAUGCCGCUUUCACUUAG